UAAAGGAGGAGAGAUUAAUAUAUAGAUAUAGAUAUACAAACACACACAUAUACAUCACAUCCACACAUUUUCUCUCCCUCAUGCUCACAAAGUUGCCAAGGAUUAUUAGGCAGAGGAAGAGAAAAGAAAAAGUGGAAUUAACAUUCAUUUCUUGUGGGGUUGGUUUUUUUGCCCUCCUCUUCCACCGGCUUUUCACUGGAGCUCCUUAAUUCAAAAGGGAGCUGAAGCUGCUUUUUAAAAUUAGAUAUUUAUAUAUUUCUAUUUCUUUAAAAAGAAAAGGGAAACCUCAACUCCAUCCUGUUGCACGGACUUCCAGAUUGCUGCUCUUUUAAAGAAAACAAAAUCUGUUGGAAAAGACUGCACUGACAGAGGAAGAGAGAGACCCAUACAAUUCUGGAAAAGGAAAUUCUGAUUGUCCGUCUGAUUGUUGCUAAAAUAGCAAAGGCUCAGGCGUGUGCAGUGGUGACUGGAAGUGGCUUUUUUGUGGCUAUAAAACCUAAAGGGGAUGGAAGCUCUCUGCUUAAGUGCUGUGAACCACAGAUAGCAGAGAAGGAGUCGCAUCAACUGCCUCUAUUGUUUGCAUCCUUUGGAUACAUCUCCUGAGUUAUUUUAUUUUUUGCUAAUCUCAGGGACUUCUCUUUUUUCCUUAGACGAAAUUUCUCCCCGAAAAUUUUCAAGGUUCAUUUUUUUAAAAAGAAACAUUUCAUCCGAAAUGUUUCUCCUUUUGUUUACCACCUGCUGCAAUCUGGUCCUUGCAACGGACGAACGAGUUCGCUUUGGUCAAUAUAGAGAAGAAAUAAUUUUUCCCGAGAGACUCAAUGCCACUUUCCAUCCUGCAGGUCAGGAGGAGGACAAGGGUGGCCUGUUCGAUAACAGCCUGGGCCAUGGUGGUAGCUUGGACGAGCAGCUCUCGUACCGCUUCCGAGUGUUCAGUGAAGAACUGGUCCUAAAUUUAGAGAGAGACCCCAGUUUUGUCGCGGAGGGCUUGACGGUACAAUAUUUGGGCAGGUCUGGGCAGGCGGUAGAUGACUUGACAGAGCGAGGGGCCUACUUCACUGGGACAGUGAAUUCUGACCCGGAAUCGAUUGUGGCAGUCAACUACGACGGGGCGUCUCUGCUGGGGGUGCUGCAGUACCGUGGUGCGGAGUACCACGUGCAACCCCUGGAAGGGGGAGCCCCUAACUCGGCAGGAGGAACUGGUGCCCACGUGGUGAGAAAGAAGAUGGCAGAGAAAGAGGACGGACCAACAUGCGGUGUUGGAUCCCAGGCACCAGAGAGCGUGACAGGCCUGGGAGGCAGACUCUUGCCCAGGAUGGAAGAAUCUCCCAGGAGAGCAAAGCGCUUUGCUUCCAUCCCACGCUAUGUGGAGACGCUGGUGGUGGCCGACGAGAAGAUGGCACGUUUCCACGGCGCAGGCCUCAAGAGGUACCUCCUCACCAUCAUGGGGGCGGCCGCCAAGUUCUUCCGCCACCCUAGCUUGAAGAACCCGGUCAACUUGGUUGUGACCAGGCUGGUUGUCAUUGGAGAAGCCGAGGACGGGUUGCAGGUGUCCUCCAAUGCCGCUGAGACGCUGCGGAAUUUCUGCACAUGGCAGAAAGGCCUCAACAAGCCCAGUGAUGAGGAUCCUGAGCAUUUCGACACAGCCAUUCUCUUCACCAGGGAGGAUCUCUGUGGGCGCUCUAGCUGUGGUACUCUGGGCAUGGCAGACGUUGGCACCGUAUGCGACCCAGCACGCAGCUGCUCCAUCGUGGAGGAUGACGGGCUCCAGGCUGCCUUCACCGCAGCUCACGAACUUGGUCAUGUCUUCAACAUGCUCCACGAUGACGACAAACACUGCAGAGAGUUGAACCACCACACCAACUCCCGCCACAUGAUGGCCUCCAUCAUGUCCCCAAUAGACCCCGAAGAGAUGUGGUCACCGUGCAGCUCCCACUUCAUCACCAAUUUCCUAGACAACGACCACGGCCACUGCCUCUUAGACAAACCACGUGAGCCCCUUCACCUGCCAGCUGUCUUCCCUGGCAGCGAUUACAACGUGGACCAGCAAUGCCAGCUGAGCUUUGGCCCUGACUCGCGCCACUGCUCCAGCAUGCGCCCCCUAUGUACCUCCUUGUGGUGCACGGGGCAGAUCAACGGGCAAUCCAUGUGCCAGACCAAAUACUUUCCCUGGGCCGAUGGGACGCCUUGCGGCGAGGGCAAGAGUUGCAUGAGCGGCCAGUGCAUCAGCAAAGUGGACUUGAAGGCGUACAAUAUUCCCACCCACGGUGGUUGGGGGCGCUGGGGCCCAUGGGGCGAAUGUUCACGCAGCUGCGGAGGAGGAGUGCAGUACUCCACCCGUGAGUGCAACAAGCCAGUUCCCCGCAAUGGCGGCAAGUACUGUGAGGGGAAACGCACCCAGUACCGUUCCUGCAACAUCCAGGAUUGCCCCAAUGAGAACGCUUUGACCUACCGGGAAGAGCAGUGUGCUGCCUACAAUCAUCGGAUGGACAUGUUCAAGGACUACCCUUCCCCCAUGGACUGGGUGCCCCGCUACAGCGGUGUGGCCGAACGUGACCAUUGCAAGCUGACUUGCCAGUCCCAUGCCCUGGGCUACUACUAUGUCCUCCAACCAAGGGUGGCUGACGGUACACCCUGCUCCCCCGAAUCCACCUCGGUCUGCGUCCAGGGCCGCUGCGUCCACGCUGGCUGCGAUCGUAUCAUCGGCUCAAAGAAGAAGUUUGAUAAAUGCAUGGUGUGUGGAGGGGACAACUCUGGAUGCACCAAGAUCUACGGUUCCUUCACUAAGCCUCGGUAUGGUUACAACGAUGUGGUCACCAUCCCUGCAGGAGCCACCAACAUCCUGAUCCGCCAGAGCAGCGGCUCACUGUCCUCCAACGACGGGAUCUACUUGGCCCUGCGCCGGCGCGACGGCUCUUACGCCCUCAACGGCAACUACGUCCUGGCGCCCUCCGAGCAGGACGUGCACCUGCAAGGCGGGGUGAACAUGCAGUACAACGGGGCCACCAAAGCCACGGAGAUGAUCAUGGGGCGUGGGCCCCUAAAAGAGCCUCUCAUCUUGCAAGCCUUGGUGGUGACUGACCAGAAGACUCCGCGGCUCAAGUACACCUUCUUCGUCCCUAAGAGUCCAAAGAGGCUGUCGAAUCAGUGGCUGAAGCAGAAGGCUCGUAUCUUAGAAGUCCUCAGGAACCGACAAGGCCGCAGAUAGACACACACACCCCAUCCAGAGCGAGGUGGUUCCCAUCCAGGCCUCACAAGUUGUUCUUGCCCCUUCAGUCCCCAAAGGGGGUGUCUGUGUGGGGAAGGCACUCAAAGGCACCUUUUAUGAUGUCACCUUUUCAAAGUUGACAGAACUGCACUGAACCUUUCCCUACCACACACGCACGCAAGGGACCUUAAGCAGCAAAGACUGCUACACUGUGGUCCCUGCCUGACAGCUUGUGGCGCCUCAGGGUCCUUCUAGAACCUUCUGCAGCGUGUCAUGGACUCUUUCCUUGGCUCUGCCUGGAGGCCUGGAGAUUCAGGAGACAAAACAAGGGGGCGGGCAAAGGGAGAGGCUUAAGACCUUGUAUAUCUCAAAUGGCUGGCCUCGGAUUUUGGUUUGCCAGGCCAAUCUGUUUCCUCCCUGGGGGGCGGGAUGUGAAAAGUUAUGGGGCGAUGGCAAACCAUGCUCCAAAAUGGAAUCCAGGAAGGGGAGGAGUAGGCGAAGAAGAAAAGCCUCUCGCUGUAUGGGAGGACGCCAGCCAGCAGGGUGAGGCGGCAGAGCUGACAGAAGAGAGCAGGCAUCGAUUCUGGGAAAAAGGCACCUGGCUUAGCCGAGACCUUCAGCGGACCUUUUGUCCAUUGUGGCUCAGUUCUUGAUCCCUGACCAUUCCUAUGCUGUAUUUAUGAUCCAUUUUUUAUUUAUUCACCAGUCUGGAUGCAUAAGAGUAUUAACUGUGGGGAGAGUUUUUAAACUUGUUUUUAAAAAAAAAAAAAAAAUCAACAAGAACCACAGAACAAAGCAGGCAGCAAAUGUUCCGCAGCCUCACCAAAACUUGGCAAGUUUACACCACACGUUUUUUCUGGGAGAGCCAGGAAAUGUGCUCAAACCGGCGGUGCCUACCUCAGCCUCCUUGCGCCUCCUUCCCCACUUUCUGCCCCUUCACAAAUGGCUCCUUCUUCACCCCCAGCCCCCCUUAGCUCUCUCUGGCUUUGGACAGACUCUUCUGCCAGAACGGCUGAGCCUUUCCAUUUGUUUGGCAGCGCGUGCCUUUUUUCCUCAUCUUUCUUGUGGCAAUGACAAGGCACCAGAGAAAUUACAGGCCUCGGUUUGAGGGGCAAGCCAUUCCUAAAGUGGUCAGGCUUGGCAGCGGCCUCUCCCUCAGGUUCUCCCUUCCUUCUUUCUGUCAAGAAGAGGGAAGGGACCAGGCCUGUGUACCUCUUGCUGUUGCGGCCUGCACAGCCGCUCGGUCCUGAAAAGAGGCUAUGGCCAAGAAUUUCCCUCCCUCAGUCCAGAAAAUAUUGUAUCUGGGCUGGUUCCCAAUUGUUGCAGGUUCUGACAGGAGCUGGCAGUCCUAAGGUUACGGGCCAGGAGGCCACGCAGUCACCACAGAGAUACCAGCAGGGGAGUAAGCAAGUUUACAAUGAGGUGGCCAUUAAACCAUUUUUUUUCAGCCUAAAAGAAGUGAGGCCAAACAAUUAAGGAGGGGAAGAAACAACCCCUGUGGUUGUGUUCAACGUUAGUCAAAGAGCAGACCCACUUAAAUUAAUGGAUGGGACUAACUUAGAUGAAUUAGUUCCAAUGGGUCUACUCUGACUAAACAUUAGUUGGGCCCAAUCCCUAGACCAGUUGUGGAGAACCUCUGGCUCUUCGGAAGUUCCUGAACUACAACUCUUACCUUCCCUGGCCAUUGGCCAUGCUUGCUGGGGCUGAUGGGAGUUGUUGUUCAGUAACAUUUGCAGGGCGAAAGGUUCCCUGCACCAACCCUAGACUCAGAUAUUCAAUUCUCAAAUGAGAGUAGAGAUGAGGGACCGGAGCAGUGGCAUAGGGGACAUGCGUGGAAGAAAAUGGGACUCCAGUGAUCACCAGCUCUGGGAGAGAAACAGCGUCUAGCGUUCAGGGCCUUCCUGAUGUUGCUGAACUACAACUCCCAUCAGCUCUAGCCAGCAUGGCCAACAGCCAAAUGAAGCCUUCCAGACCUUUCUAUCUGCCCCUUUGAAUUCUUCCCAGGCUGCUCCAUGAUGGGAGUUGAACUUGGCAACAUCUGGGAGGACCAAAAGUUCCCCAUGCCCGCUCUACACUCUUGCAACUUUAUGGUCAUACAGGAAGGGUGCUCUUUAUAAGCCAAAGGAUAUUAACUUCACUGACUUCAAAAUGCUAGGGGAAGUCAGCACCGUUUUGGAGCCCUCCUGCUCAUUCUUCUGAGUAGGGCCCUGGAUGCUUGCCCUAGACUUACCCUGGUAACACCCACUGGCGAUGCCGAAGUUAAUUAGCUGCCCGUGCAUCAGUUCACAGCUGUUCUGGAUUGCCUCUCUCUGCCAUUAGGAACCCACUGCUUAGAGGAGAGGAGAAGAAGUGCGGGCCAAGAGGCAGCAAAGGGAAUAUGAAACUCCUCCUGCAUAUGGCUGUGCCAGACGUGCCACUCCUUUCAAAGCACCUCCCCACAUCACUGUAGGAUUGACCUGUUGGAGAAAAUGGGGAGGAGGAAGCAGGACACCUGGGAUCUCUUUCCAGUUUCUAGGCGCAAGGAGCAGCACAGAAAACCUGGGGCAAAAUACAAGCCUUUCCGAAUUCUCUCUCGCCAAAGCAGCCCCAUGGCUGGCUCACAUUUUCUUGUGUCUGUGAAUUAUGCUCAUACUGCGGCUGACUGAUAACACCGUACAUUUCCCCCUGGAGGGGGUGAAUAUAUUUAAACCUCUGUAGAACCAGAGGGGACCCCCCCCAAAUAACUCCCCAGUUUUGCCCAGGGAUGACCCUUUCCCUCAACAACACCUGCGCCUGCGCAACAGACUGAUGCUGAAAGUUAAUAAUUUAAUUAAGCAAUAAAUUCAAGAGGACAGCAUUUGCAAAAGGCAUAUCGGCCCCGAGGCAAGUCCCCUGGGGUCAAGAGGGAGGGUUUUAUAUCAGUUUUGUACAAAACGGUGUGUUUUAAUAUUAAUAAUUAUUGUUGGGGAUUGUUGUUUUGAAGUAAUAAAAACUCUG